GCAAUUGGGGAUUGGCCCUGGGUUGGAGGUUAACUUGAAUGUUUCCAGAAGGAUGGGAAUGGGCUGAUGUGCCCCUUCUUCCUAGGAAUUUCUGGCCGGUGGCCUGAAAUCACAGGACUUUGCUCAGUUUGCACUGUGAGGGAAGAGGGAAGGCCUACUCACUUUUUAUCUAGUGCUGGAUGCUCCACAUGCUUGUUUAGGAAUUUAGGCCUGAGCACCCUUCCUUUGGAGAAUCAGGAGAGACAGAGCCGGCCCAGGGCGAAAGCAGGAGACUUGGGGACUAAGCUGGCAUUUGGACUCUGGGUCUGGAACCUGGUAACCAGCUUAGCUCCUCACGUGGUAGAGAGAUUAGGAGGUGCCUUCUUCAUCCCCUACCUCAUCUUCCUGUUUACCUGUGGCAUUCCUGUCUUCCUUCUGGAGACAGCACUAGGCCAGUACACUAGCCAGGGAGGCAUCACAGCCUGGAGGAAGAUCUGCCCCAUCUUUGAGGGCAUUGGCUAUGCCUCCCAGAUGAUCGUCAUCCUCCUCAACGUCUACUACAUCAUUGUGCUGGCCUGGGCCCUUUUCUACCUCUUCAGCAGCUUCACCAUCGACUUACCCUGGGGCAGCUGCCACCAUGAGUGGAACACAGAACACUGUGUGGGGUUCCAGAAGACCAACGGCUCCCUGAAUGGUACCUCUGAGAACGUCACCUCCCCUGUCAUCGAGUUCUGGGAGCGGCGGGUCUUGAAGAUCUCCGAUGGGAUCCAGCACCUGGGGGCCCUGCGCUGGGAGCUGGCCCUGUGCCUCCUGCUGGCCUGGGUCAUCUGCUACUUCUGCAUCUGGAAGGGGGUCAAGUCCACAGGCAAGGUGGUGUACUUCACAGCCACAUUUCCUUACCUCAUGCUGGUGGUCCUGUUAAUUCGAGGGGUGACGCUGCCCGGGGCAGCCCAAGGAAUUCAGUUUUACCUGUACCCAAACCUCACGCGUCUGUGGGAUCCCCAGGUGUGGAUGGAUGCGGGCACCCAGAUCUUCUUCUCUUUCGCCAUCUGUCUUGGGUGCCUGACAGCCCUGGGCAGCUACAACAAAUACCACAACAACUGCUACAGGGACUGCAUUGCCCUCUGCUUCCUCAACAGCGGCACCAGCUUUGUGGCCGGGUUUGCCAUUUUUUCCAUCCUGGGCUUCAUGUCGCAGGAGCAGGGGGUGCCCAUUUCUGAGGUGGCUGAGUCAGGUCCUGGUCUGGCUUUCAUCGCCUACCCGCGGGCUGUGGUGAUGCUACCGUUCUCUCCUCUCUGGGCCUGCUGUUUCUUCUUCAUGGUCGUUCUCCUGGGACUGGACAGCCAGUUUGUGUGCGUGGAAAGCCUAGUGACUGCGCUGGUGGACAUGUACCCCCGCAUGUUUCGCAAGAAGAACCGGAGAGAAGUCCUCAUCCUUGCAGUGUCUGUUGUCUCCUUCCUUGUGGGGCUGGUCAUGCUCACAGAGGGCGGCAUGUACGUGUUCCAGCUCUUUGACUACUAUGCCGCCAGCGGCAUGUGCCUCCUGUUCGUGGCCAUCUUUGAGUCCCUCUGUGUGGCUUGGGUUUACGGAGCCAGGCGCUUCUACGACAACAUCGAAGACAUGAUUGGGUACAGGCCAUGGCCGCUUAUCAAAUAUUGUUGGCUCUUCGUCACACCAGCUGUGUGCACAGCCACCUUCCUCUUCUCCCUGAUCAAGUACACUCCACUGACUUACAACAAGAAGUACACGUACCCGUGGUGGGGCGAUGCCCUGGGCUGGCUCCUGGCUCUGUCCUCUAUGGUCUGCAUUCCCGCCUGGAGCCUCUACAGACUUGGCACCCUCAAGGGCCCCUUCAGAGAGAGAAUCCGUCAGCUUGUGUGCCCAGCUGAGGACCUACCCCAGUGGAACCCAGCAGGACCCUCGGCUCCCGCCACCCCCAGGACCUCACUGCUCAGACUCACAGAGCUAGAGUCUCACUGCUAAGGGGCAGGCCCUCGGAUGGUGCCUGUGAGCCUGGCCGUGGGGACGGCUGCAGAGGGAACAGUGCAGAAGCAGCCCGUGUGCUUCCUUGCCCCUCACCUGGAGUGGAUAAGACAACAGGGGUAUUUUGGAAUCCACCUGCUGAGCUGGGCGCCUCCUACUCCAACAUUUCUGCUCAGGGGUAGUUGAACAGAUGUGAAAGGCCAGUGCCAAGAGUGUCCCUCUGAGACCCUUGGGAAGCCGGGUGGGGGCUCGUGGGUGGGGCGAGGCUGUUCCUGGCUUUGGGUCCUCUCACCCUUCAUUCCAUUAAAUCCACAUUCUUCCCACUGA